AUGUCCAAUUAAAUAUUAGAAGAGGAUCUUAAUUAAUCUCUAAGAUUAAUAGUAGAAGGCAGGGAGAACUUUUAAAAGGCAACCAACUAUGAGAUGAAGUAACUAAACUAUUCUAAGAUGAAAAAAGGGUGUGGAGAACUCUUAAAUUAUAUAAGAAAUGAAAAGGAUGAGAAUUUAAAAAUGAUAAUGAGCUAAUAGUUAAAAAGAUAUAUAGAUGAGUUAAGCAACUUCUCUGAGGCAAUGAAAAAAAAUCAAUAAACUGAUGAAGUUGAAGUUGUUUAAGUUAAAAAAUAAGAACUCCUAUAUACUCAAGACUCAAACAAAGACAUUUAAUUAUAUAAUGCAUAAUAUGCUAAAUAUGUUGAAAUUCAUCAACCUACUUAAAAUAAUAAUACUAAUAUAGUAGGGUUGGAAUCACAAAAAUAGAUAUUAAACGAGCGUAUUGCAUUGCCGUUAUUAUUUCCCUAGUUGUUUUAAGGAAAGAGAAAAUUACAAACGUCGACAUUAUUAUUUGGACCUAGAGGAACAGGAAAAACUGAAUUAUUAAGAUAGAUUGCUUCAGAAUGCAAGGCACUUCUAAUAAUAGUCAAUAUAUCGAUGAUCAUUGAGGUGGAGGAAUAAAAUACCGUAUAAGAAUUAAUGAAUCAAAUAGAAUAAUAAACGAAAAAUAGAUCUUUUAUAAUUGUGCUUAAAUAACUAGAAGAAUGUAAAAAUAGAGAAACAUUGAUUAAAUUUUUUGAAAAAUAUAAUCUUAUAAACUUAGUAGAAAAUGAUAGAUUAGCAUCAAAUGUGAUUGGAUGUACUAACUAACCAUGGAACAUUCAUCAUUCAAUCCGAAGGAUCUUCGAGAAUAGAAUAGAAAUCACUUUGAUGACAGAAAAAUAAAGAUUAGAAUUCAUCAAUUAAAAAUUGUUCUAAAAUAAGCAAUACUGGAUGAAAAAUGAGGAAAUAGCAGAAUUAGCCAAAAAUACUAAGUAAUUUGCAGGUUUGGAUCUUAAGAAGUUGUUUAUAACGGCUGUAUAGUUAUACGAGUAAAAGUAAUAAGCAAAAAAUGAUGAAGAUUUCUAUGAUUGUAUUUUAGAUGUACUUUAAGUUUAAAAGAGUUCUGUAUCAGAUUCUGAAAUCUAAUAAUUUACAUAAUGGAGAUAAGAAUUUUGCAUUUGA